ACUUUAUCAUAUCUGAUAUGCAAAUUUCUAAGACCUCUAAAUUAUUAACAUGAUCAAACUUUGGUAAAAAUCUGUUGCACACAAUCUACUACAUGCCUUUUGCAUUCUGACUUUUUGUUUUAGCAAGUAAAACACCUUUUAGUAUAAUUGUAAAAAUUGGGGUAUACACGUCUUUUUGCUGCAAAAAAUUUACUGAUUUUUAUGAAGUAAAUGUAAGAAUAACUAUUGUUAGUAAUAUAAAUGUAAAUAGAUGAACAUUAACUGGACUGAAGCUACUUAGAUUUACUUGAUUUUACUUGAUUAAUUUGAUUUACUUGAAAAAUCAUUUAAAAUGUGAGUAUCAAACGUGAUUCAUCAGGCUUUUAAGGAAUGUUUAUGUUAAUUUUUGUCAAAUAAAUAAUCGAUCAAUUGCAUUAUACUGUAUGUUUUGCCCCACAAUAAAUCUAAGCAUUUAAAUAUCAUCUUACUUAAGAAAUAUUAUUGGAGGAUAUAGAGUGACAACUGAUACGUAUGUGCAUUUUAUGUAAGUAGUCUGUUAUGAAGAUCUCAUUGAUUAAAAUUACUAGCUAUCAGAGUUUAAUCCUAUAUUUGGCCAUAUGAUAUAACAUCAGCAACUACUCCAAAUUUCAGAUUAUUUCAGAGUAUUCCUCAGUUUUUCCCUCCUCACAUAUGAGGUUCAUGUUCUCACUAUAUCAUAUGAGCCAUAAACGCCUGAUGUUUCAAAUAUGAUGCUAAACAAACACACACACACAUUUUUUUUGCCGACUAUUAUUUCAUAUGUCAGGCUUUACAGGGUUAAAACACUUCUUGACUACUUUCUCUGUCUCUUUCUUUAUCUUCCUCAGUUAUUCCAUCUAUUCUGUGGUUUUGGGGCGUCAGACCCAGCAAGGCGACAACCCCAGUGAAGAGUUCAGAGAUGUGAUAGCAGUUGUCAAACAUCCUAGUUACAACAAUAUUACGAAUGACAAUGAUAUCGCUCUGCUCAAAUUGAGCUCUCCUGUCACCUUCACUGAUUACAUCAGCCCCGUGUGUCUAGCAGCUGAUGGCAGUGUGUUUAACAACGGCACAGAGAGCUGGAUCACUGGAUGGGGAAACAUUGGCAAAGGAGAGUCCCUCCCGUCCUCUAAUGUUCUACAGGAAGUGGAGGUUCCUGUAAUUGGUAACAGACAGUGCAACUGCCUCUAUGGAGUUGGAGAGAUAACAGACAACAUGAUCUGUGCUGGUCUACUGGAGGGAGGCAAGGACUCAUGUCAGGGAGAUUCAGGAGGUCCGAUGGUGAGCAAUCAGAGCUCUAUAUGGGUCCAGUCUGGUAUCGUUAGCUUUGGCUGUGCUCGACCUGAAUAUCCCGGUGUUUACACCAGAGUAUCCCACUAUCAGGAAUGGAUCACCUCCUUCAUAUGCAGCGAUCCUCCAGGUUUUGUGCAGUUUACAUCCACUGGAAAUGAUUCUGACAACAGUUACACCUGUCCUGAUCCUCCUCCUCCCCCUUCUUAUUCAUCCGUGAAUAUAGAAUCUAAAAUUCUAUUUUCUGCAGCAUCUCUUCCACAAAAUUCUUUGCUACCAUGUUUUCUGUUGCUUAUAGCAAUACUUUUCUUAUUCUAUGUGUAACAAUACACCACUAAAGAUAAACUCAAAAGUUUGGGGUCAGUAAGUUUUUUUUUUUUUUUUUUUUUGAAAGAAAUUAAUACCUUUAUUAAAACUUUUACUUUUAUUAAAAUGUUACAAAAAAAUAUAUAUAUAUUUCUAUCCAUCAAUCCAUGUGGUCACAGGAAUAAAGGACAUUUUAAAAUAUAUUACAAUAGAAAGCAAUUAAUUUAAAUUGAAAUAAUAUUUCACAAUAUUACUGUUUUUACUGUAUUUUUAAUAAAAAAUUGAAAUACUAAUAGAUUAUUUAGAUUACAUAUAUUAUAAUCUAUAAUCUAAAAAUCAUCAACCCCAAACUUUUGAACUGUAGCGUUUGUACAAAAAUAGACAACGAAGCGAUGAUAACAUAAGUGGGGACUGUGCUCAAUCAAUUGCACCGAUGUAAAGAAUUUUGAUCUCACAAUAUUUUGUUGUUUUCUUCAUCAAUCUAACACAAUUUUAAUAGGUCCCUGACUUUUAAAUGGUUAAUUCAUUACUUCCAUAUCCCAUCCCAUCAAUUUCUAUAUAUCGUCAAAUGAUAAUUUGUUAUCUUUUAUUGCUGUAAAUAGGCUACUAUAUAUGUAUGUUCACAAAUCACAAAUAUAUAUAUAUUUAUUUUACUGGAUAUUGAGGUAGCAACAUAAUUUGUCACAAUCUGUUUUGUAAUCUGAUGUUUUAUAUAUCUUUACACCCCAUAAUUUACCCUUUUUUCCAAAGGAAAUAGUCAAAAGUACUUAUGUCAUAUGACAUCACAUAUGGACAGUAGGAUCAAUGCCAUUUCAGCUGAUUAAGUGUUGUACUGUUAGACUGACUGGGUUGAUAAGACUUUUGUUGCAUUUUGGCACAAACUUAUUAUCUUUAUCUUCUGUCUGUAUCCUUUCAUUGGGUGUGAAUAUUAAAUACAAUUUGUAAUACAUUUACAAUACAUUUUAAAGGAUAUGUACAAUGAAAAUAUUUUUAGAAAUAAUAAUUUCAUUGUGGUUGUGGUGCCUAUUGCAUAAACAUUAAGAUUUUUAACAUUAAGAUCUUGAGGAAGAUCUCAGAACUGAAAGUUGUUUCUAAAAAUGUAUCUUUAUGCAAUGAUUGGCAAAGAAAAAAAAGUAUCACUUUAUUUUAGGGUCUUUCAACUAGUUGCUUAUUAGCAUGCAUAUUACUAGAAUAUUAGCUGUUUAUUAGUAUUUAUGAAGCACAUAUUAAUGCCUUAUUCUGCAUGACCUUAUUCUACAUUCUUAAUCCUACCCCAUACCUAAGCUUAACAACUAACUUAAGUCUUUAGAAAAUGCAAAGAAAGGCAAUCAGUAAUUUCAGAAGUUGUCUAAUGAGAUUGAUCUGUUUGAGCCAAAAUAAAAAAAAAUAAAAAAAAAUCCUCAUUGACACAAUGCAUGUUGUCUGGCUUUUGAGUGAAGUUGCUGACUUGCACUGCCUUCACUUCUCAUUUCAAAUAGUUCCCCUCACACUUCCUGGGA